AUGCACGCACAAACCUUCACUCAACUUUUGUCUGAACCAAGACAAUUUCAACCAACUCCUCAACCAACUACGCAACCAACUACUCAACCAACUCCUCAACCAACUCAAGAACCCAUUGAGAAAAAAGUUUGGUGGAAAGCUGAAAAGGAAGCACUAGUAUCAGCAUUCAUGAAUACAAGUGUAGACAGCAUUGUUGGAACGCAACAGAAAAAGGGUGCAUUUUGGGGGAGAGUGAUGGAAAAAUUUGAGGCAGCUAGAGCAGCCAACCCUCAUGAAAUUCAAUUCCGCACUAUGGGCAGUAUGAAGGGCCAAUGGUUCAGAAUGUCUGAAGCGGUGCAAAAGUGGUGUGGAUGCUACGACAAGGCAAAGGCAAGAAAGAGGAGUGGUCAAAAUGAUGAUGAUGUGAUCUCUGAAACUCAUAAGAUAUUUGAAAGCACGGGAGGUAAAUUUCACUUCUAUGAUGAAUGGAUUUUGAUGAGUAAGUUCGAUAAGUACCGUUCCAUAUUGAGUGACCCUUGUUACAAGAUAAUACGUGGACGUCCAUCGAAUACGCCUCAAAUGUCUAAUUCUGUUGGUUCUGGAAGUAGUGGAAAGAGAACAAGGUCUGAAGAUGGAGGCUCUACACCAACCACCCCGACAAGCGAAGAUGUUCGGGAUGGUCACUCGCCUCGUCCAGAAGGUAACAAGAAAGCUAAGGCUAGACUCAAGGGCAAGAGCCAAACUAGUGAAGCUAUUGAAGCUUUUUCAUCGUUUGGUGACAGACUUCAACUCUAUGGUGAGCGGAAGGGAUUAGAUUUCGAUUUCCAACAAGAGAAACUACAGUUUCUUAAGCAAAAGGAAGCAAGGAAGCAAAGACAACUCGAGCUGGAAGAGAUAAGCAGGCAGAGGCAGAUGGAAAUAGAGGAGAAAAACAUAAAAAUGCAACAAUAUCAGGUGAAUUGGCAAAUGCUCCAAUCAUUAAUCUCUAAGGAAAAUCGCCUACCAUGGGAAGAUGAAAUGAUCAAAAAUCUGCAAAUAUACUUUAACAACUUUGGGGCAUUGUAG